AUGGCCAGUCCCUCGGCGGUGGGUCGGGUUUUGGGAUCCCCCUUGGGCCUGUGUCCCAACGUGGUGUUGCGUGCGCCCCACCAUCAACCCGUCAAAGCCCUCCUGCGGGCCCUUCACACACAGAAAUCCAUCUCAGGGUUGAGCUCGAGAUUGACCUCGCCGCCACGUGGCUCACUGACCUUACACAGGAUCUAUCAAUCCACGGAUGCCACCAAAACCGGUGAUCCGGAGGCCAAGACGGCAGGUGGACCCGCAACUGGCCAAGAAGACUCUGCCGCUGAAGUGUCCGAAUUGGAAACGAAACUCCUGGAGGAGAAUCAGGAGCUGAAAGCCAAGUGUGAUGACCUCAUGGACAAGUACCGUCGAAGCAUUGCCGAGAGCGACAACAUGCGCAAACGCCUCACCAAACAGAUCGACGACGCCAAAAUCUUUGGCAUCCAAGGGUUCUGUAAAGACCUCUUAGCCGUGGCCGACGUCCUCAACAAAGCUAUUGGCGGGGUUUCGCCCGAGAUUCUAGCCCAAGAGUCUCAAUAUUUAAAGGACAUGCAUCAAGGUCUGGCCUUGACUGAAAGCCAAUUGCUCCAAGUGUUCCGACGUCACGGACUGGAGCAAGAUAAUCCGGUGGAGGAGAAGUUCGACCCCCAUCGACAUGAGGCCUUGUUCCAGAUCCCACAUCCCGACAAAGAGCCCAAUACUGUGUUAGACGUCCAACAAGUAGGCUAUACGCUUCACGGGCGAACCAUACGGCCAGCCAAAGUAGGCGUGUCCAAAAAGCCGUGA